AUGGCAGAGGUUAUAGCUCUGGUGACCCCGGUUAUGGAGGUGUUGCUUCAGCUACUAAUGAAGGAAGCAAACUCCUUCAAGCGCCUUCAUAGAGAAGUGAAGAGCCUAAAAGACGAAUUGGAGUGUGUCCAGUGUUUUCUCAAAGAUGCAGAGGAAAGGUCAGAGAAGGAAGACAUGAGAGAUGGCGUAAAAGUGUGGUUGAAACAAGCAUUCCGUUUUAAACUUGAGGGGCAUUGCCCCCAAGAGUUGGAGACAUUAUCUCUUGAAAUUGUGAGAAAAUGCCAAGAGACAACAUUGUAUAGACAUUGGAUUGCUGAGGGUUUUAUUGAAGAAAAGAGAGACAAGACAUUGGAACAAGUUGCUGAAGAGUACCUUAAUGAACUCAUCCUAAGAAACUUGGUUCAAGUACAAGGUUUGCUUGGUGGUGAUGGAUCAGAUAGGUUGUGUCAAGUGCAUGAUUUGAUUCGUGACAUAAUUCUAUCAAGAGCAGAUGAAUUGAAUUUCUAUCAAAUUGUGGAUGGAAAAAUGUCCAUUGUUCGAGGAAAGUGUCAUUGCAUAUCUAUCUACAAUUAUGAAAACGAUUGCAUGAAGGUAUUGGAUCUCAUGAAUACUGCAGUGCGAGAGCUCCCAAUCGAGAUCAACAAGCUUCACAAUCUACGACACAUUUACGGAUUUUAUUAUAAACACACAAUCGGAUUUUGUUUUGAGGAAUUCCAAGGCCUCAGGAUGCAUGACGGAAUUGGUUGUUUGAGGGAGUUACAGACACUUGAGUAUCUUGAAGUAAGCAAUGACAGAACUGGCAUCAUUACAGAGCUGGAAGGACUGAGGCAAUUGAGAACUUUAGGCAUUCUCAAAUUCCCAGCGGAACUUGGAGCUGCCCUCUGUGCCUCUAUUGUGAAAAUGAAUCAUCUUGAACGCUUAGUUUUUAUGUCGAAUUCUGGAGAUGAGAUUCUAUAUUUACAAGCGAUUUCAUCACCACCUCUUUCUCUUAGGCUUCUCUGCUUCGUAGGCAGAUUGUCAAAAAUUUCGAACUGGAUUUUGAAACUUUCCAAUCUACACGUGCUGGCCUUCGCUUUCUCAAGCUUAAGUGAUGAUCCAUUGAAACGCCUCCAAAGUUUGCCUAGUUUAGAGUAUCUUUCUCUCUACAAGGCUUAUGAUGUCGGAAAUUCACAUUGA